GACAAAGACCGACGGAUGGCAGGCAUAUGUGUAGGCGUCAAGCUGUCGCCAUCUCCCGCUUUCCCGGCGACCGCCAUGAUGGCGACCUGCACAUGUACUAUUUGGAAAGUUGUCAGCAGAUGUCAGCGCCAGCUCCUAAACGGCAGUGUUCCCAACUUCCCUGGUUCUUCUGCCAGCAAAAUUCCUGUUAGGACUUUGGCUGCUGUCAAGGUGUCAAAAAAAGGAAAGAAAGAAAAUCCGGCACCUCCUGAAGUGAAGAAAGAGAAGAGGGUGGUGGACGACUCAGAGCGACACAAGCCUUAUGGGAAGACUGCAUGGGCGCCUGUGGACGAUGUCUACAUACUGAGGUACUACCCCAGAACCAUCUACAGUGCCGCUGAUGCGAUACACCUGCUGAAGAGCUUCCAAGUAUUGGACUUCACUCCCUGCGACCAACCCGUCUACGUGGACCUCAAACUGGACAUGAAACUGGAGAAAAAGAAAAUGAUCGACCAGUUUGUAAGCACGGUGCAUCUUCCACACCCUUUCAGUAAAGACGUGAACAAAGUUUUGGUUUUUACUGAGGAUGCUGCUCAAGCUAAAGUGGCUGUGGAAGGCGGAGCCACGUUUGUGGGUGGGGCGGAGCUCAUCCAGCAGAUCUUGGAUGACGAGAUUGUGGCCGACUUUUAUAUAGCCGUGCCGGAAAUACUGCAGAAACUAACGCCUCUCAAAAAUAAACUAAGAAAGAAGUUUCCCAAGAGCAAGAGAGGUUCUGUCGGCGUGAACAUUCCGAAAAUGUUGUCGCUUUUUCGUACGGGUCACGAGUACGCUGUUGAGAGUGAGUGCUACGUCCGGACGCAAGUGGCCACGCUGGACUUUUCAACUGAGCAAAUCCUCGCCAACCUGGAAACAGUUCUGAUAGACGUCUGCUCACAUCGGCCUGCUGAUAUGGGGCCCUUCAUCGAACGUGCCAUCCUUACGAGUCAAACCAGUGAGGCGCUGUGGUUCAACAGUGAAGAACUCCUACCAAAAACGAAUCAAGACGAGAAAGAACAAUAACGUCCUCCCAUGUAUAAAUUGUAAUUAUUAGUAAUAAACAUUUUGUGAAAGGGCUUCAAGGAAUCCAAUCCCUUCCAUCGUUAGCCACCAGGGAGCAGUAUUGCUCCUACAUGAAGAUGAGGUUUCCUACCACUUGUUGCUGCUAAAAUAUGCAUCAAUUUUGAUUUUUCUGUUUUGUUUCAUUUUAUUAUUAUUAUCUGCAAAUUAUCCACGGCUUUGUAUCUGAAUGGGUGGUCAAGAUAUUUAAAAAAAAAAAAAAAAUCUGAGUUUGAUGCUAUUGUCCUAAAAGCCACAGUAAUAAUCAUUCUGCUAAUCACCCUUCGGUCCUAGCACAACUCAAGCUACCAACUGCCAACGGCAGCCUGCCAAAUAGUUAGCUGGGAUAGGCUCCAGCUUCACUGUGACUCUCGUGAGGAUAAGUGAUUUGCAAAUUGAAUUAAUAAAUAAUACUCGGAAGGUUUCUGUUUUUGAGUAUGUAGUCAUGCAAAUAAACACAAUGAUUAAUGGCAUUUGCAAUCGUUGUUAUACAGUUUUAAUCAUAGGAAGACUGGGG